AUGCGCGCUUCUCUCUCCAUCCUGGUGGCCUUCCCCGCGCUCGCAGCGGCGCGCGACGUCGUUACUAUCGGCAUGACAGGGAGCUGGCACCCGGCCGACGUGACGGAGGACAACACGAAGCUGCUAGGCACCGCGCUGAGCGGCAGCAGCUUCUCCAAGUCGGUAGGCGACAAACGCGUGUGCUACUCGGAGGUGACGUCGCUGGAGACGCAGGUGGUGGCUGGUACCAACUACCGCUUCCACAUCAGCGGAUGCGAUGUCACUGAUUCGGACGGCGAGUGCUCGACGUCCGCUUUAUCAUCUUGUGAGCUUUCGGGCUUCGUGGUGCAGAUUUUUGAGCAGUCGUGGACCAACACUCUCAAGGUUACUAACAUCAAGGCCGAGGAAGCAGCGACUGCUUCCUCCUCCUCUACGCCCGCUCCGACUCCCGCGUCUACUUCCACCUCUGCCUCUAGCAGCGAGGAGACCAUGUUGCAGAGCUCGGUGCAGCAACGUGCUAUGUUUUCUGAUUUCGUAUAG